GCUCACUCACAGGAAGGCAGCACUGCAGCUGCAGCAGCACGGCUCUCUUACGGCAUGCUGGGUAAUGUGUAUGUAACGUUAGCAGGUCAGGAUCCCCUGUAGCCGGGCAGUCACCUCGUUCGAACUACAUCUCCCGGCAUGCCCGGCACGCCGUUACGCCUGACGCCCGGACUAGAUCUCCCGGCAUGCUCUGCGGUUGCAUGAGACGUUACGUCGUCGGUUGGCUGUCGGGUAAUGCGGUUUGGGCCUUGUGUGGUUUCUCUAUGGAAGUGGCGGCCGGUCAGGGGCUUCUCUCUGGACAGCGCACCGGAGAUGCCUCAUGUUGAAAAGAAUUUCUCACAUUAUGUGUAUGAUUCAUCCAGUGAACCCCAUGUGAAAAGGUCAAGACCUGACUAUCCCACGUCUUGGGCAAGGAGAGAUACUGCCCUGUACGAUUACAGUGAGACGCAGCCACAGAAAUGGAGUUUGCCGAUGGUCUCUGAGGGCAGAUACUAUCAGCCAAACAAACAUAACAGUGAAGGACCCAGAGUCCCUAGAGAUUUAAAGAAUGAUUGUGCUGUGGAACACAGUUCAGAAUCAUUUAGAAAUCACUCCUAUCAAGCACCUUGUGAUCGGAGAGACUACAAUAACAUCAACCAGCGUCCAUUCGAAUUAGCCGUGUCAGACAAAUGCAAAGAUGGCUCAGAUGAAUCCUUUUCAGAAACUAGCUCUGCUUUUAUAGGACCACUUUUUCAAACCCCUAUUCCAGUAAGCUCUGGACAUGACGCCAGCAAUAAACCUGGGUCUCUCGCCUUUAAGAUUAAAACUGUGGAGUUGGGUAAAACGGCGACAAAAUCGAAAGGUGAGGAUGGAAUAGAUUAUGAGCUACGUCAGUUUUACAAAGAACUAAAUGAACUUGAUUCCGAGACUGAUGACCAAGUUAGUAAUGCCAAUCACACGGUUGUGGCUAAUCUGGAACAUUUCAGCCCCUCCGAUAACAAAGCACCAGCCUCACUCCCGGCCAGUUCUCAUCAAAGCCAAGCACCAUCCUCGCAGGCCUUUAGUUCUUUUCCCAACAAAUCCUCAACAUUAAUGCCUCUCGAUUGUCCCCCUAAAGAAGCAUCAACAUCACAAGUUAAAUGUCCUACACUACCUCCUUAUAACCAGGUUUCUUUUGAUAGACAAACUCCAUUUAAUACAAGGGAUACUUCUUUUUUAAACCAUUCAAUGCCACCUCCAGGAUUUGAAAGUUUUCCACCACCCUCUUUUAUUGUACCAUAUGGCCCACCUCCUCCACGAUACAACUAUCCAUUGACUAUUCCAAGGCAAAAUAACCUACCACCCCCUCUGCAUAAUCCAGUCAAUAGUUACCAUGCUGUAAAUAAUAACCGCCCUCCUUGGCACAGUUCCCAUGUACCCCCCGAGAGUAGGCCCACCUCUCAGGGGAUGAGUUACGUAAAACCGUCUCCACCAAGCACAGGUGAAAGGGCCCAGCAAGAACAUCAGCGUGAGGACAUUUGUGGGCAGAAAUAUAGACAUUCUGGUGAUCUCCCAUUACAUCAAGCUAGUAAUGCAUCCCACGAACUAUAUCCUCACAAAUACAGAGAGCAUUCAUCAUGUAGGAAUUCUCAAAGAAAGCUUGUGCUCCUGAGAGGUGUCCCUGGCUCAGGGAAAAGCACACUGGCACGCACCCUGCUGGGCCAGUCGUCUGGCGGGAUUGUCCUCAGCACCGAUGACUACUUUAGCCAGGAAACUGGAUAUACAUAUGAUGUUAAACUGCUCGGGGAUGCACAUAGCUGGAAUCAUAACAGAGCCCUAAGAGCAAUGGAUGAUGGAAGGUCGCCUAUUAUUAUAGACAACACUAAUAUCCAGGCCUGGGAAAUGAAGCCGUAUGUACAAAUGUCCUUAGACAGAAGUUAUGGUGUGGAAAUCUUGGAACCAGAUACUUGGUGGAAACUGGACCCUUAUGAAUUGGAAAAGAGAAACACACACAGAGUUCCCCGUGAGAAGAUCUCCCAAAUGCUGGAACGAUACGAGUAUGAUAUGACCGUUUCGGGUAUCAUGAACUCUGUGGAACCCCGUCAUGUACGCCCUAAUCGCCCCCCUUCAGGGCCCAGGCCGAGGGCACCCAAUCUGAAGGAAAAACGGGGUCACAAAAAGAGGCAACAGAAGAGGAGGAAACAAAUCUUAAAUAAGAAUAAUGUAAUGCCCCUAGGGGAAAAAGACAUAUAUGACUCUGAAGACCCUGUAGGAAGAUGCAAAGUAAUGGAAGAUAGUUAUGAUGCAGCAAAUUUUAUAAUAUGUGGAAUUGGGAAACCUCGUAUGAAAAUCAAUUAUUCCACUGUAAUACGUCAAUUUGUAAAAGAGGGAUAUAUCUCAAAAUUAACAGCAAUAUGCCUGCCACAGUGCCCAAACUCCAGUCCUGUCGCAUUGCUUGGAAUGCUACCCAGAGUGAUGGUGCCAAUGGACAAUCCUAUCUCCUCUUCGACGCUUGAAACUCAAAUCGCAGUUACUGUAAAUCAGCAUUUGUGCGAUUCUCCUGUUGUGUCACUGGCGAUAGGUGGAGUGUUGUGUGACGGAAUGAAGAGUGGAAGAUAUUUCUUUAGGUGCGACCAAGACUUUCAGAAAUCUGUGCAUAUUUUAGACUACGCAUGUCCAGAAAGCCAGUACGUUGUGAAGGCAGGCACUGAUCUCUACUGUAGUCUAAUUAGUUGUCUUGCAGUCCAGCACUCAUUGCAUCUUUAUAGUGUGAAAGGUAUUCACUUACAAUAUAUGAUUUGCCAAACUAACAGACCUACCUGCAGGAAAAGUGACAACAAAGCUGUGCAGAAUGGAAAUAAAAUGCAGGGAUAUUUGGAAGGUAGCCAAAGCAAUGAUCCUUCUUGGAAAUAUGAGUGUAUUCGGAUCAUGGACAAGACAAAACUAAAGGUGGAAAACAAACGGGAAAUGGGGCGACCACAUGUGCGACGCAAGAACAUUUACAAACUAGCACCUACCUUUCAACAUCCAAGAAUCCUUUCUACAUCCCCAAAAAAUACCUGGAGAAACAGCUGUGACUUUGAUGCUGGGGCAAAUAUUCUGUAUAAUGAAUAUGAAAUUACUCCUGUAAUACAGUCAAGGUUAACAAGGCAAAAUGUGUUGGGACAUGAUGAAUUACAGUAUGUUCUGUGUGAUGGUGGCCUGAACUGCAACAACACUUCAAGCCCUAAAGUGGAACACAGAGCGUGCAGACCAGGCUUUUCUGAGGAUGAUCUCUGUGCAGUGGACACUGAGUACUCAAGUGGUCAUAGCAAUCCAGUACUCACGGGUGUACAAGCAGACUCUCUUCCUGGGCUCUGUUUGCCGAUACAGUUUGCUAGGCAGCUUGUUGAGCUAUUUGGAUCUCCUGGAGUAGAGCUAGAUGCUUUGGAACCAGAAGACUUCAUUGUACCAAUCGGACAUGAUUUGUCUAGAAGAGUAUAUCUAGAAUGGAGAUGGUCAUUAGAGGUCAAAUUCCAAAAUCCUAUUCCUGUGAAAACUCAAAUGGAUUCAUAUUAAUAUCAAUAAAAACAGUACAAUUGG